AUGGCAGCUGGAUUGAAGGACCUUGGUGAGAAGAUGACAAACAUGGAAACAAAGGUAUCCGAGAAGCUUGUUGUAUUGGAGAAGAAGGUGAAUUAUGUUAUGAGAUAUGUUCCUGAGAUGGAUGAAGAUACUGGUAUGGAGAAACAAGUUAGUAUUGGUGGAGAACCGUCUGGUGAGAAGGAGAAUGAAGUGGGUACUGCUUUGGAGGAGGAGAAUGAGGAAGUGGGUACUGGUUUGGAGAAAGAGAAUGAAGUGGGUACUGCAUCAUUACAAGGGAGUUUGUUUUUAAACUACAACAUUACAAACUAUUAA